CUCAUCCCGAUCCACUCGUCCUAUCUCACCACCAAAUCGCGUCGUUGUCUUCGCUGUUCCUCCUUCUGCCCCUGAGAUUCUGCUCGACUCGAUCUCGUUCCAGCUCGCCACAUUUGGCUGCAUAUAGUCGCAGCUGUUGCCCGGCCCGCCGCCCCACCUCCGCCCCUCGUCCAGUAUGGUAACCUCUCGCUCGACCUCGCCGGCCAUGUCCAUCCUACCGGCCCUGCCUUCCAACACCAUUCAACAGCCUCAGCCUCGACGGCCUCGAAAAGUCGGCGCAUUUCGCUCUCCUCUUGCCUCGUCAGAUGGUAACAGCAACGCAGCUGGGCGCAGCACCGGCGAGGGAGGCGACAGCUCCGCUCGCCCGACUGCCGCCGGCUCCUCGUCCUCAUCCAGUAGCCCGCGCUACAGUCCCUACCCAACUCCCGUGGCCCUCUUCCAGCUUCUCGACACCAGCAGCACGAAAGAGUCCGAGCAUCUCCUCGCGCCCUACAAUACCCGAUACCCCGGCGCACCAGGGACGGCACUCUUCAAAGCACGCGAAGCGGCAGCCAAGCAAGCCCUCGCAGCGAGGCGUGAGGCGGAGAAGCGACAACGCGAGAAGGACGAGCUGGUCAGGCUGGGUGUGGGCGAGAAGAUGGGGAAGCGCGCCAGGGACUCCGUCAAGAGGAGCGAAAGCCCGUAUCCUGCCGGCAACGCUUCAGCUUCAACGAGCGCGGUGGGCACACCGGCCACGAGAAAGAGCGCUCGAGGGGGCAAGGCGGUGGCUGGGGAGAACCGACGCGGUCAUGGUAGCAGGGGCAGCUCCGUGGCACGCAGCGUGAAUGGUAGUGUGGGGCCUGACAGCAUCCACGGGUCAGGGAGCGGCGAUCUUCUCACGGUACCUGGGGCAACAGGGUCCACGAGCUCAAAUGGCAGGGUGCGCCGGCCCAUCUCUCGAGGUGCAUCGCCCAUACCUCUUACGGCUCAUGCGAGCAACGGCAGCGCCGUUGAGCCGAUGAAUGGAUCGUCGAGCUCUACGACACGUCGAUCCGGCAAGAGUCCGGAGCAGCAGACCCCAGUCAAGACGAACGGAAGUGGCAACAGUGCUGGGGCAAGCGGGGGAGCGGGAGGUGGGGUUGGAGGUGUAGCUGCCCCGUCUGGCCCCUUGGCGGCUGCUUUGACUGCUCAACCCUUUCAGUCCAGCCCAUUGGCAAGGGACAGUGUCAGUAGCUUUCCCUCGACGCCCGAUGGUGGGGGCAAUCUAGCAGUCGGAGGCAGGGGCGCGGAGAACCUUUCGCCUCCCGAUGGAGCAUCAGGGCGUCGCGCAGGGUCGCGCUCUCCAAGACUGGCGGCUAGGGAGCUGGCUGUCGUACGGUGACGGGCGGACGGCAUCGCAAGUCAUCGUCUCCAGCCCAGGCUCGGCCACGCUGUUGUUCUACAUUGUCUCUACUUCCUCGUGCGUCCCACCUUCGUAUCCUACAGAAUGCCACCUAUCGAGUCUCCAAAUCUCAAGGAGUGAGAAGCACCGCCUAGUGAUGGUCUCGUCUCUGCGGGUUUCGCGGCUGCAGGGAGCUCCACUGAUGCGAGGAUCAGAUGCUUGACCUUAUUAGGGAGGGAGAGAACCAGACGAAAG